AUGGGACUCAAAAUACUCAAAUUUGUGUUUAUGGCUGCGGCCGUCUUGUGUACUGCGGUAGGCGGUCUUUUAUCCAUUCUUUGUAUAAUUAACCAAACACAACAUAAUACUGCCUUUCAAAAUAUAUACUUCGUUCAGCUCAACACUACCUCGUUGUUUUCAGUCAAUAAUGCUACCGAGCUCGCACAGUCAAUAGGAGACCAAAUACAAGGCGAUUUAGCAAAUCAACUAACCCAAAUUAUUGAAAAGGACAACUCGCAGAUUCAAGCUGCCAUUACACAGCUAGAAAAGCAAAUGAAGGAGAUUUCAGGUGUUCCCGAUUGGUAUUCAGUCGGUCUUUGGAAUUACUGUGAAGGCAAGGCCGAUGACUAUACAAAUCCUACUUAUUGUAGUAAGCCUUCGUCGAAAUAUUACUUCAAUCCUGUAAAAAUGAUCGAAAAUGAUCUAUCAGACGCUGCCAACACCCAAAUUAGUCUCCAUUUAUCUGAUGAAGCUGAAUAUGGUUUAAAAAUUUCAAAAGGUAUAUGUUAUGCUCUGCGAGCUAUGUAUAUUUUAGGAUUCAUGUUUUUCGUUUUUACACUUGCUUCUGUAUUAGUUUCUGGGUGCCCCUUCUUUGGCCCUCUAUUGGUCUCUGUGUGCUGCUUCUUUGCUACAGUCUUCACAUUAGUAGCUGCAUGUAUGGCUGUUGCUUUUUAUCGGGUUGUUAUUUCUAAACUUGAGGAACACCUAACCAUGUUAAAUAUCCCAAUGGUUUUGGGGAAAAAAAUAUUCGCAUAUUCUUUUAUUUCCGCAGCUGCUGGUAUAGCAGCCCUUAUUUUGUUCUUUAUUGCCAACUUGACUACGUACUCCCCUGUUUAG